GUUUCACAAACUUGUUAAAAUGUAUGAAAUUGUGUUGCUUUUCAAGAUAAUCCUCCAAAUUCUGCCACUUGUUCCCGUCCUUUUCAUGUGCAAGAAAUCAAAGCCAAGUGGGGCUAAGCCAGUCGCGGAUACUCCGCCAGCAGCAAUGAUUGCUCCACGUUCUCGUACACCGUCGCCAGGAGCCGGCAAGCGUUCAGUGCCACGCGAUGGAGUUUCAUCGUCAGUUUCUAGCUCGACGGUCUCUAAGAACGAGCCAGCGAAGAAAAGCCCCAACAAUCGUGGCAUGUCGCAGACUCAGGAGGUCACUAUCAACAAUGGCUUUGAAAUGGGCAAAGGGAGACAGAGCCCCGUCUUCAGUGUUAUCGUUUAGAAGUAUACUAGCAUCAAUAAAACCGUUUCAAGCU